AUGACAAAAGGCGAAAAGGUUUUAAAGCUUUAUACAAGGUCUCGCGGUUGUUGGGAUUCCAUUGAUUUUCGACAUCCAUCGACAUUUGAUGCGCUAGCGAUGGAUCACAAUCUGAAGAAGUCUAUUAUAGAUGAUAUAGAUAGGUUCUUGGCAAGGAAAGACUACUAUAAGAGAAUUGGAAAGGCUUGGAAAAGAGGAUACUUACUAAGGCUUGAAAAGAGGAUACUUUACUUAAUGGUCCCUCCUGGCACUGGAAAAUCAAGCCUUAAAUUGCAGGCUAUGGCUAUGGCUAAUUACCUCAAGUUUGAUGUGUUUGAUUUGGAGCUGGCCAAUAUUAUUUCUGAUGCUGAUUUGAGAAAAGCUAUGCUGGAUAUUAAUAGAAAGUCCAUAACUGUGAUUGAGGACAUAGAUUGCAAUUCUACUGCGAAUAAUCGAUCAAGAUCAGAAUCUGAUGAUUCUGAUAAUGUCCAGCUAUUUUCGCUCUCUGGUCUGCUAAAUUGCAUUGAUGGAUUGUGGUCAAGCUGUGGAGAAGAAAGGAUAGUAGUGUUUACGACAAAUCACAAGGAAUUUUUGGACCCAGCAUUGCUUCGUCCUGGCAGAAUGGAUAUGCACAUUCACAUGUCAUAUUGUACCAGUGAAGGAUUUAGAGUUUUGUGGCAGAGGCAACUCCUGCUUCUUUGGCUGUUGAUACAAAGUGCAGAGGCCACUCCUGCUUCUUUGGCUGAGGAAUUAUUGAAGAGUGAUGAUCCUGAUGUUGCUCUUGGAGAAGUACUCAAUUUUCUUAAGCAACAGAAAAUUAAAAAGGAUAAUGAAGAUAAAAUUGUAGAGGAAACGGAAAGCUCAGUUUAG